CGAGAUUCCAACAACGGCGGACGCGUCUGACGCGACGCGACGGCUCAGGGGAAUCCGAGUCGUCGACCUCUCCGUCUCCAUCUCACUCCACCAUACCGUCUUUUCACCAACAUGGUCAAACGCAAGGUGAUUGUAGAGGAAGACUCUAGCGAAGGAGAAGAGCGUGCUCCCGCGCCGAAGAAGCCUGUGACGGCGAAGAAACCGAAGUUCCCGCCUGAGAAAAAGAAGAAAAAAGACGAAGAAUCUGAUGAUGAAGAUUCCGAGUCUGAGGAGGAUGCUCCUUUGGCAAAGUCGAAAGGGAAGAAGGCCGCAACUUCCAGCAGUACAUCGGGGGGAAUCGCAGUACAGACAAACUAUGAAGGCGAGAAGUUCAUUGACCUGGGCAAGAAGCGCCGCGCGACUGUUCGAAAAUACAAGUCCGCAGUUCUCGUGGAUAUACGAGAGUUCUACGGCGAAGCAGGCGACGAGAAGCCAGGCAAGAAGGGCAUAUCUUUGACCGUCGAUCAGUGGCAAAGUCUACGUGAAGCAUCAGAUACCAUUGAUAGUCUCAUAGCAAAGGCGAAAUGAUUUGUGGAGGCUCUUCCUUUUGUCUUGCUUUUCCUUACCAGAAUAUCCACGCAUCUGUUAUCUGUACUCAUACUUAGUUUUUGCAUACCCAUCUGCAUUCUCCAAA